UAUGGGGAAUAGUUAAGACACACAAAUAACAAAUGACUUACGAUAUGGUAAGGUCAAUAAGUUCACAUAUGAAAAUUCAUUAAUAAUUUAAAAGGUUAUAGACUAUAAGAAUGCUCCUGAUUAAUUAGCUAAUUGCAUUCACAGAUGCUAAUUAAGUUAAUCAAUAAAUCAUAAGAACAUAAUAAAAUUACACAAAUACGAAGUAGAUCAAUUAAGUGUUUUGAUUUAUUUUGAACAUUAUGAUUAUGAUUUAUAACAAGACAUUAAUAAAAGAAAACUAAAUAAUGUAAGAUAAAAUGAAGUAUUAUAAAGAACUAUUACCAAGAACAUGAAUUGUUAUAGAUGUUUGAUCAAUUCGUUUCAGCGUUAGCCUACCUAUAAUAAUAAUAAAUUUUUCAUGAUGAUAUUAGACCCCAAGUAUAACUUAUGAUAACUAGAAUAUUUUCUUGACUCCAAAUGAUACAAUUAAAUUGAAUUAAUAAUGGGUGAUUGAUAAUACUCAAAACUAACAAAGAUAUUAUGCACCUGAAUAAAUUUAGCCAUAACCUUCAAAUGUGUAACCUAAUCCUUUUAAAAGUACAUCUUACAGUUUAGGAAUCACUAUGCUACAUCUCAUGACAUUAACAUCCAUGGAAAUAGUCUAUCUAAAAAAUUAAGUAAAUCAAUCAUUAGUAAAUGAAUUACUAAGAUGUACAAAUUACUCGAAUAAAUUAAUUAAUAAAAUUUAGCAUUUACUAUUCUAAUCUCCUCAUCAAAGAGCUGAUUAUAUGUAUUAAGUUAAUAAAUAAGCCAAUUUAUAACAAAAACUAUUAUCCAGUCCACCAAAAACAAUUACAUCAAGUUAAAGAUAUGUUUACAGAACAUCUUAAUCACCUUUAACCAGAACAAUAUAACCUCGUCAUUCUCAUUCCCCUUUUACUUUCAGAAGAAUAGCAUAAUUACAAACACCAAUAUAAUAAGUUACUCCCUAAUAAAUAGCCAUUAUACAAAGUAGUCCCAGAUAAAUAGUUAAAACUUCUAGUCCUAUUAAAGUUAUCAAAUAAUAAGAAUAAUAAUAAUAAUAAUAAUAAUAAUUAAUGUUUACUCCAAAUCAAUCAUUAAAAACCAAGGAAAUGCUCUAAAAAUUAGAUGAAGUUACUCCUAAAACUGAUUUAGAUUAUAGGAUAUAGAAGGCUCUUAAAUAAACAAAUGAAACACUCAAAAAGAAUUAUAUGUUACAAUGA